AUGUUAGAAAUCAUUUCUUGGAAUGUAAAUGGACUAAGGGAUCCUAAGAGGAGGGCUAGAGUUAAGAGAUGGUGCUUAGUGCAAAAACCUGAUAUAAUUGUGUUUCAAGAGACCUUGCUUCGCAAGUGCAGUGACUCAAUUGUUAGACAAAUUUGGGGGCCUAAUUUAGUUGAGUGGAUUGCUUUGGCCUUAAUUGGUAGAUCUGGUGGCGUUUUAGUUCUUUGGAAUCCUAAUAAAAUUCAGAUGGUUGAUCAUAUUGUGGGUACUUUCUCCGUGAAUAUUUGCUUCAAAAAUUGUAUCGAUAACUUUCAACGGCUUUUUUCUGGAGUCUAUGGUCCUUGCAGCGUGGUGGAGCGACGUAGAGUCUGGAAGGAAUUGCAGAUAAUGAAUGUCAUUUGGUCCUUACCUUGGUGUAUUUGUGGAGACUUUAACGAAGUAAGGUUCAUGGCAGAAAGAAAAGGGUGUUCGAGAAUCACUAGGGGUAUGCAGGACUUCGGGAAUUUUAUUGAUUCAAAUAAUCUUAUUGAUAUCCAGAUUCAAGGUGCCAAAUAUACUUGGAUCAGUAGUUCUUCCAUUCACGUUAAAAGUAAGAUCGACCGUUUUCUCAUUAGCGAAGGAUGGGACGAUCAUUUCCCUUCUAUUGCCGUUAAAGCUAUCGCUAGGCCUAUGUCCGAUCAUAAGACAAUUAUGCUUAGUUGCAGCAUCAACGAUUGGGGACCACCUCCUUGGAGUUUCGAAGGUAUGUGGUUGUUUGAUAAUUCUCUUCUUGAUCUUAUGUCCUCUUGGUGGGGUUCAUUUGUUGUCGAGGGUCCUCCAGGUAAUCAACUUGCUAAGAAAUUCCAAUUGUUAAAAGCUAAGCUUAGACUGUGGAAUAGGGAAGUCUUUGGAAACAUUAAUCGUAAAUUUGAAUGGACUUUAGAGCAAAUCAAGCUGUUGGACCAGUUAUUGGAUGAAGGAACUAUUACUAACGUGCAACUUGUGUCUAGAAAUCAUCUGAAGCUUCAGUUCGAAAACAUUGCUGACAUGCAAGAGAUGCAUUUAAAAACUAAAUCUCGUGUUCAGUGGCAGCUAGAUGGGGACAGAAAUACCAAGUUCUAUCAUCGAAUUGCCAAGUCUAGAAGAAGGAAAAAUACUUACGCUCGUUUUUUCAUUGAUGGUUCUUGGGUGGAAGACAAAUCUAUAAUCAAAAGUAGAAUAAUGGAGCAUUUUCACAACAAAUUUAAGCUUUAUGACAAAACCAAUUUCUCCCUGGAUAAUUUGGGUCUUAAUUCUAUUUUUGAAGAUAAUAAUCGUCUAAUAGAAAGGAAUAUUGAAGAAGAUGAGUUCCUCUACGCUCUUAAAAGUUUGGGGCAAGAUAAGGCUCAGGCCCGGAUGGUCUGCAAGUCAAUGUUAUUGUUAAAUGCUGGAUUUUCAUGA